AUGUCGUCGAGCACGAGAACCACGCGCUCGCGCUUCUCCAGCCCGGCGCAUCAGGGAGGAGCCGUCCGCUCGUCGCUCGAGGCGGCCUCGCGGCCAGCGCCUGCCUUUGAUGGCUCGCGGUCCUUCAUGCAGCGGUGGCUGGAGCCGUCGGUGCAGUCCAAGGCCAGCUACGAGGAGGCCGGGCUGAUGCGCGUCGGCGUGCUGGAGGGCAUGGCGCCACUCGGAGUCCCGCCGAAGCCCAAGAGGCCAGAGAACGGCAACGGCGGCGGCAGCAGCCACGGCGUGCGCAGGGUGAUUCUCAGGACGGGAGGCCUGAACAGGGACAAGAGCGGCGCAGGCAGCGGCGCGGAGAGCCUGGCGGCGGCUGCGCUGUCCUCUUCCUCGUCGGUGUCGGGCAACGUGGUGGUGGGCAGAAAACGCGCGGCUUCGCCGGAAGUGCGCCCGACGGCCGCGUCGUCGCGCCGGUCGCUGCCUGCCAAGGGACUGGCCAAGAAAAACGUUGAAGACGACGAAGAGUAUAAUCCCGGUGGAAGCCGGCGCAAGAAGUCCGCGAGACGGUCGCAGGCAGCGGCCGUGGCUCUGCCCAAGACUCAGGAGACGCAGGGCGCCGCCGACGGGGACCAGGCGGCCCCAGCGCUCUCACCAGGCCUAAAACACUAUCCUACGGCAUGGGCUCUCAGGACUCUGUAUGAUGAAAAGUCCCAAGAUCCCGAGUUUGACUCGAUGGUGACGGACGUUCUGCAGCAAACCGCAGACGAUGACACGCUUGAUGAGUUUUCCAAGCACAUUGGGGGCAAGAAGGGGCGCGUGAACCGGACAGACGGCGGUGACGGCGAGGACAGCGGCGACUGCUACUACUUUGCGCCGCCCUCGACAGCGACCGCCAGUCGCCAGCUUCAGGCGCAAAAAGUGGUGAGGAAGCCGACGGAUGCGCAGUACGGCGAGCUGGUUGGGGACAGUGAGGAUGAGGAGGAGCUGGAGGAGCCCGAGGAGUUGCAGUCCCCGGCGGCCUCGGGAUGGGGCCCCGGCGGCGAAGGGAAAGGCGAGAUGGCUACGACUAUGACGGGGGAUGGCGAGAGAAGGGCUGCGAAAAAGGCCAAGACAUGGCACUCGUCCUCGUCUGCGCAGCCAAGGGUCAACGGCACCACGGAGGAAAACGAUGGGGCGGCCACCACGGCAACGGAGGGAGGCUCAGGGGAUCCCACGCCACCGCGCAAACGCCGACGGCGCAACUCGGGAUCGAGCGAGUCGUCGCUAUCGUCGGCGAUGACGCUGCCGUCACCUGAGAUGCGCAGCAAAGUUGCGGCAGCCAGUAUUGGUGUGACUGGUGAAGGCGUGGGUGGUGGUGGAAGUGGAAGUGGAAGUGGCAGUAAUGGUAGGGGGGGGGCCACUCCUGGAACGGAAACUGGAACCACGACUGGAGCCAGCAAAAGCACCAGCAACGGCACCAACCAGAACAGCACCACCACCACCACCACCACCACCAGCACAACCAAGCCCCCCCAAACAAGCCAAAAGCGCAGCAAAACCAACCAAGCUCAAACCAAGCUCAUCAUCACCACCACCACAUCCUCAUCCUCAUCCACCAACCGUCACGCCCAAAGCUCAUCACGACCAAUCAUCGCCCCCCCGGCAAGGACUCCUGCCGACUUUACCCUCCGACCUCCCCCCCAGUCCAACCCCAUCAUCAUUACUUCAUCACAGCCAAGUUCGCCUCCCACAUCACCUACCGCACACGGCUACUCAUCCAGGACGCGCAAGGCUGGCAUGCCCGGUCGGCUGGCCGCCCUGUCGGAUCCGCCGUCUCACCCGCCGCAGCCCAAGGCGAGGGCCACCAGGUCGAGGGCAGCAGCGGCACCCGCACAGUCUGAUGCAGCGGCCAUGCAGCACAACGCCGACGCCGUCCAGCGCGAGGGGGCGGACGAUGAGGAUCGCGCCGCCAACGACGCCGUCUGGGAAAGGCUUCGCGAGGCGCGAAACGUCACAAACAGCUACAAGGUCGUCGAGAGCGCCGUCCGCGGCCCCCAGCAGCCGCCGACGCGCGCCACCACGCCCGUCGGCAGGACCAGGAAGUCUUCUCGUCGCUCCCUCGCCGCCAGCAGCAGCAACCUGCCGCCGCCCACCACCCGCACCACGCGAUCCGCGUCUAAGCGUCCAAGCGACCAGCUUGAUGAGACGGUGUCGCCGAUUCCAUUUUCCUUGACGGCCGGCGACGACAGCUCCACGGUGGGAGGCGGAUCGCGUGCCGUCACGCCAACCGGCCAGCGACAGUCCAAGCGACCCAAGGGACUGCGCGUCAAGUCCUCGCCUGUGAAAAAGAGCGGCGGGCCCGCGGGAGGACUUCCGAGAUUGGCGAGUGAAGGCCAGUCUUCAUUCCGAGCUGGCACGCCCAAGGACCCGGCGACGGACAAUGAUGAGUUCUGCUCAGCCUGUGGCAACGCCGGCGACGUCCUCUGCUGCGACGGCUGUCCCAGAUCGUUCCACUUUGAGUGCGUCAACCUUGCUCAGGACGAGGACCUGCCCGAUGAUUGGUACUGCAACGAGUGCAUCGUGCGCCGGUUCCCUUCGCGCGUCCCCAUUCACAAGGGAGCCUUUGCCUCGGCCCUGAACAACCUGGAGAAGAGCAUACCCCGUGCCUUUAGCCUACCCAAGCGCAUCCAAAAUCGCUUUGAGGGUGUCAAGGCUGGUCCUGAUGGCGAUUACGAAGAGAUUGCCGGCAAACCCGCCAAGAAGCGGACGGGCUACGAUGAGAUGCCCGAUCUAUUCAAGCAGCGGGAUGACAACCAGCCGGUACUCUGCCACGCCUGCCAAAAAGCAUCCGACGACACCAGGGCCAUCAUUCCCUGCAGCCUGUGCCCGUAUUAUUGGCACCUCGACUGUCUGGACCCUCCCUUGGCCGUGCCCCCAGUUCUCAAGACGUGGCGGUGUCCAGCUCACAUGGACGAUGUCCUGGCCGAUGCGCCGCGCCUCGCGCCAGCCCACAAGUUCCGCAAGGUCAAGAAUGCCCAGCCCAUCACACCCAUCUUUAGCAGGGGCAAUAAAAACAAUGGCCACAUUGAGAUUGACUGGAGCGACGAGCCGGAGCCGCUCAAGGACGCGGGCUGGCCCGAUCCUCUAUCCUUUGGCCGCACAUACAAGGUGUCCUCCAAGGGUAUCAUUCUUGACUUUAUCGAGCAACUUCGGAAACAAGGCGCAGGCUACGGCGCGCGUCAAGAUGAGCAGAAAUGGGUGCCUUACCCGUCGCCCGCGCCGCAGGAGGGCGGUGACUCCGGCCCACUUCUCGGCUCGGCCAUGGGCCGUCGCGUCGACGAGAUGCAGGCGUCGCUCAACCUUAUUGGUCUCCGGCAGGAGCGGCCGCCCUCGGACGGAGUCGGCCAGCUGACGUCGGCGCUGCUCUCGGCCGCCGACGACAACAUGCUCAACCUCAUGGCGCGCGGAAGCGCCGACAACAUGGCCCUGGCCCUCGGCGGCAGCGGCGGCCGUGGUACUCAGCAGUUGACGGACGGCGACCGUCUCGGCCUUCGCGCCAUGCUCGCCCAGAUGGACGCGAUGAGCAGCCGCAUCCGCGAGGUCCUCGGUGGCGACCCCGAUGUCAAGCCGCAGCAACAGCACGUGUCUAGCAUGCCCACGCCGGAUCCUACCGCCGCCACUACGCCGCCGCCGCGCCAUCUAGACGAUGACGACGUCGUUCCGAGCAGUAGCCCGAUUGCGCCCAAGAAGGAGGAGGACUCCGUCGCGAACAUGGCCGCACUUUCGGAGCCGACGCCGCCGCUGACGAUUGAGAAUGCCGACGGCGUCAUGGAUCUCGACUAG